AUGAAUCCAAAGUGCAACUUCUUGCAGCUCAGAGAUGACCUCAGGAUUCCCAAACUGGAGGAGCUCACUGUUUGCUUGGAUCUGUGGAAGCAGAUCCAAGUACAGAACUGGUGCGUCUUUAUGUACAAGAAGCAAGGAAGGGAGGACCCGCAGCUGGGGCUGUUCGGAGAGGGCGGGAACCUGCGGGUAUGGCUGUCUGAGAGCAGCUGGCUCAGCAGUGUGGACCUCUCUCUGCAAACCUGGCACUCGGUGUGCCUGACCUGGUCUGGGCCACGCCAGCGCCUGCACCUCUACGUUAAUGGCAGUGUGGUGAAGCUAGAAGAGGAAAUCAGCGUUCCAAAUGUCCCCUUGGCACCCAAUGGCACCCUCACCCUAGGGGUGUCCCACGGCUUCACCAAUGGAGAACUUGUCCCUGAGUCGGGGCACAAAUUGCCGGGCUACAUGUCCCUCUUCCGCAUGUGGGAUCAGGAGUACAGUCACCGGCAGUUGCUGGACCUCAGGUGUGCCAAGGGUGACCUGAUCCGAUGGGUGGUCUCGGACUGGCACAUGCACGGUUGUAAAGCUAUCCCAGAUACCGGCUUAAAAUGUGAGACCUUCCCCACAACUCCUUCCACUCCGAGCACCUACACAAAUGCAAGUACGGGUCCCAUCACCUCCUAUGGACCUCUGCCUACAUUCAAAGACAGUUUCUUCAGGGUCAGACUGAACGUGAAUGUGAACAACCCGUACCAGGACUCGGAGGAAGUCAUUCGCAUCUGGCUCCAGGAAACUUUAGGGAAAGAUCAGAUGUCUGUUCUGAACCUGGAAAUCUUAACAGGUGACCCUAGCCACAGCCACAGCUGCACAUUCCAGGCCCAGGCUGUAACGUCAUUAAGCAUCAGUCAGACUGAAUGGAGAAUCAGAAACCAUCUAAAGGAGCCCUACGUCUAUAAUGGGACCAUAGAACUGAUACCAGAAUCCCAAAGCAUCCAUAUCACCCACAUAGAGCCUGGAGCUUGUCUGGAGGAGAGCCAGCAGAUGAGGGAGGGCUUCUACAUAUGGCCUCAGACGGAGGCCCAGCAGACAGCCACCGUGCCCUGUGAAGGAGACCCCAGGCAAAAAGCCACCAGACUCUGCUGCUUGGAUGGAGUAACUGAAAAGGCCACAUGGACUGCUCCAGACCUGCUCUUAUGCCCCCUUAUUGUGGCUACCAUCCUUGAUCUUGAUAAUGUCGUCGUUCUACCGAGUAAUUCCAUGGAUGUGGUGGAGAUAAUAGAAAACUUGACGAGUUGCCACACAAAGCUAAGCUUCACUGAACUAGUCAUUGUUCUCGGCAAAUUGGCUGAAGUUGUAAAUAUGAGCCAGAUGACACCACCUUUAGGCACUGCCAUUAUUAACGUAAUCGCCAACAUCAUAGCAACAGACAGUGACCUGUCACUCGUUACCAACGAGAUUCUCAGUAUUACAGACAGCAUUGGGAACAAAAUGACCUUCGGUGGAGAUCAGUACAAUGUAGCAGCCCCCUCUCUGGCCAUCUCCCUCUUCAAUGUGGAUCCUGGCCACUUCCAAGGCCUUUCCUUUGGGGUUUCCUCUGUCUCACAAGACAGCAGCCCAGAGAUUUUCAUCAACCAGGACCCUUUUGAUGACACCGUGGCAUUUAUUUCUCUCCCCCACGUGGUGGGCAAUUACCUUCCUCAGCAGAAUGGGACCUCCUCUCGUGUUCAGUUUCAUUUCUAUGGGACUAUGGAUCUCUUCAAGGACAGUGAGCCUAAAAUGAAGCUGAACACCUAUGUGGUGUCAGCGAGCGUCACCAACGCCACCAUUGUGGACUUAGAGCAGCCGAUCGUCGUGACUCUGCACCACCUUGAGGCCAACAUGCUUAAUGACGAGGUGCAGUGUGUGUACUGGGACGUCAACAAGAACGACAAGUUGGGCGGAUGGGAGUCCAGUGGGUGUACUGUGAAUCACACCAUUGCCACCCGUACCACCUGCUUCUGCAACCACCUGACGCACUUUGGGGUACUACUGGAUGUGUCAAGGACUAUGGUUAGUGACGUUAAUGAGGAGAUCCUGACUAUCAUCUCCUACCUGGGUUGUGGUAUUUCCUCCAUCUUCCUUGGGAUAAGCCUGCUGACAUAUGUGGCCUUUGAGAAGCUACGCAGAGACUACCCUUCCAAGAUCCUGCUGAAUCUGUCAUUGGCCCUGCUAGGGCUCAACCUGGUGUUCUUGGUCAACUCUUGGCUGUCCUCCUUCAACAGCUAUGGGCUGUGCAUCGUUGUCGCUGUUGUGCAGCACUACACCCUGCUCGCCUCUUUCACAUGGAUGGGUCUCGAAGCUCUGCAUAUGUACUUUGCGCUGGUCAAGGUCUUCAACAUCUAUGUGCCUUUCUACAUGCUGAAGUUUUGCGUACUUGGCUGGGGGAUUCCACUGAUUAUAGUCAGCCUGGUGCUUAUAGUGAAAAUGGAUGCCUAUGGUAGCAUUCUGUAUGACAAUUCCACACAGAAGCAGAACACUCUGGACCAGUUCUGCUGGUUGAAGAGCGACGUGGUGUUCUACGUGUCUGUGGUGGCCUAUAUCCUUUUCAUCCUGCUCUGCAAUGUGUCGGUGUUCGUGGUGGUCCUGGUACAGAUUCGCAACAUGAGAGAGGGCAAGGCCGCCAGAAAGCGCAGCGGUUUGCUCCAUGACCUACGGGGUGUGGCCAGUCUCACCUUCCUGCUGGGCCUCACCUGGAUGCUGGCUUUCUUCACCUGGGGACCUGCUAAGGUGGCCUUGCUCUACCUGUUUGCUAUCCUGAACAGCCUUCAAGGGUUUUUUGUCUUCCUCUUCCACUGCCUGAUGAAGGAGAGUGUGCGAAAGCAAUGGCGGAUACACCUCUGCUGCGGCCGCUUCAGGCUAAUGGAGCACUCAGAUUUGAGCCAUACUGCCACAGUUGGCAUGAAGUUCAGACAGUACCAGCUGACCCACGCUCCAUCCAUGAAGUCGGCCAAAUCGGACCACUCCAACUCCACCAGCAGCACCUCCUGCUCUUCCCACUCUGACCGGGGGCCGGGUUCAGUCAGCGGGGUGACUCUGGACCUGACGUCAGAAAGGCCUCUGGUGCUCCCUCGAGCCCAGUUCUGCUCCUCACUGCUGCUCCCGGAAACAGGCUCCUUCCCACAGUGGAACAAACGUUGA